AUGCUUACGUCCCGCUAUGCGUCUCACUUUUUCUACCGUCCUCGUCGCCCUUAUUGGCCUGGCCAUUGCCACCCUGCCCCAGUAGAGGAGAGGCGUCUUUAUUGCUAUAACAGUUGCAUGCAGUCCUGCUCUCCCCCUGGCUCCGGGACCUCCUCUAUCGUUUGCUAUAUUAAGCUUAUGAAUGAAACUCUGUCAUACACCCAUUCACGUAUCUUUCGAAACCCAAGACAAUUUCUCUACGGGUUCUUGCAAGCUAUUAUCGUCUGGGGCGUUUCUGACAACCAAAAGCGCCGAGCGUUGCCACGUGACAGCAUCCAACCAUUCCCACAACAACCGUCACAUUCUUGGGCUCAAACCGCUCAUCGUUGGCAGAUUCUAGAACUUUACGCAUUAUGGAUCAUUCGAUGCACCAUAUGGAAAUGGACCACGGGGGACAUGGUGGCCAUGGUGGACACGGAGACAUGGAUAUGGGCCCCAAGUGUGAUGAACAUGCUGUGGAAUACGCAAAUCAUUGAUACUUGCAUCGUGUUCAAGACACAUUUCGUCCAAUGGAACAUUCUUCAUCUCGUUUGUGGCGAUUGUUCUUCUGGGUGUGGCGGAAAGACAAGCGCGAUCCGGGCUGAGAGUCCGGCCGAGGACGAGCCAUUGAAUCCUCGGGUGUUUAAGCAACCAAUGGUUGCCACUCUGUCGCCUGGCGCUCGCAUAUCUCGGGCAGCAUUGUAUGGAGCCCAAGUAUUCUUAUCCUUCUUCCUCAUGCUCGUUUUCAUGACCUACAAUGCAUACCUCAUUCUAGCCGUCGUUCUGGGUGCGGCGAUUGGACACUAUGUGUUUGGGGCUCAGAUGGAUGCUGAAGCCGUUCUCAGUAAUGCAGGGGUUGGUGCAAAAGGGAUGGCUUGUCAUUAA